AUGCUUUUCACACCAUAAUUUCAUAAUAUAAAUACCCCAAAAAAUAAACAAGAAUCUUCACACCAAGAAGAGAAAGAAAAGAAAAUGGAUAGGUUUGAUGAUGAAAACGGAGGGAUCCCAUUUCCCCAAUAUUAUGCAAGUGAAUUUGGUUUGAUCGAUUUCAUGGAUGAAGCCAAUGUGGAUCAGUUCAUCGAUCUCAUUCGUGGAGAAAAUAUUCAAAAUGAUCAACCUAUUUUCAACUUGUUCGAUCAAGACUACCAAUACUGCCGCGGAGAUGAGAGCAUUCAUGUCGCCGCCGCCGUUGAGGACUGCCAUUUCCUUCCACCACCGCCGCCGCAGGCGGAGCUCUUCGAUUUCGACGCAGGCCAUGAAUUCGGGCUGCUGAAUGCAUGCGAGAUUACCCAGGCGGAGGAGGAGGAACUUCUCAUGGAUGAGGAUGAUCAGUCGUCGGGCUCAGGCACCACCACCACCGCGACCGGCUCGAGAAGCGCUUCCGGCAAGGCUGACAGAUCGAAAACAUUGGUGUCGGAGCGGCGGAGGAGAGGCCGCAUGAAGGAGAAGCUCUAUGCCUUGCGCUCUUUGGUUCCUAACAUCACAAAGAUGGAUAAAGCUUCGAUAGUGGGCGACGCGGUGUUGUACGUGCAAGACCUGCAAAUUCAGGCGAGGAAGAUAAGGGCUGAGAUCGCAGGUUUCGAGGAGAAAACUCAACAUAAAAAAACUACUCAAAAUGGUAGCAAAUCCAAUUCAACAACCUGCUUCUACCCCACAACGAAGAAGAUUUUUAAGAUGGAGGUGUCGCAAGUAGAGGAUAGAGGGUUUUACGUGAGAAUUGUGGCAAACGGGGGCCACAGCGUCGCCGCCCUCCUCUACCGUGCUCUUGAAUCUCUCACCACCUUCGACGUCCGGAGCUCCAGUUUGGCUGCAUCUUCUGAUCAGAAUUAUGUCUUCACCUUCACUUUGCAUACGAUGGAAGGGGGAGUGGAGGUGAACUUGCAGAGUGUGAAGGUGUGGAUUGCUAGCGCUUUUCUCAACCAGGGAUUUGAUUUUCAGACAUCAUAAUGAUCUGCAGGGAUUUUACUAAUUAACUAAACUUCCAAUUGAUUUUGAUCUUGUAGUCUCUUUAUUCGACUCUUGUUUUUCAAUGUUGAGGCUAUUACUAUAAUGCCAACAUGAGAAAAUUCCCCCGUUCGGAUUCAUGUUCUAGCUCUCACAUUUUAUGUGAUAUGUGUGUAUGUAUAAGGUAGAGUUAGAUAACAAUCUCAUUUUAAAAUUAAUAUAGGAAUUGUAAAUACAUGAUGAA